GAGAAUUAUAUCAUCAGAUUGGUGGUCUUAUGCCAAGAGAUAAUAAUAAAAAGCUAACAUUUGCUCAGAUUUACUUUUAUAAUUCAAAUUUGGAUAGCCAACUUCAAAGGAGACAAGAAAUAUUUUCAAGUUUGAAUGCUGAAAUGCUCAAAGUAUUACAAGUUGAACUUAAUAUAAUCAAUCUAUUUGUUAAUCAAUUUGUAACCUCUGGAAUAAAAGCAAAAAAUGAAUCAGAUAAUUCACAUUGA